AUGUGGGUUCACAGCAUACCGCAGCAAAUCAGUAGGCAAGAUGGAGGAUUCAUCAAUGGUCUAGCAAGCUAUACAUUUGAGCCAGGAAAAACUAAAAUUUUUCAUUAUGGUUAUUAUAAAAAGCAAGUAUCUCUGUUUUUGUAUGAUUUACAAAUUGCAGCACUAUUAUGUGGUAAAUGCGUCUUUAAUCGUGGAAUUAUGUAUUUAUUAGUUUCUGCAGCCUUCAAAUUACCUCAAACUGGAAAUUAUGAUGAUAAUUUGCUUCCAUAUGGGCCUUAUGCAUCUUUUGUUGGAAAAAUUUACGAAGCUGUUGUACAACAUGAGAAUGACUGCAAGUUUGGGGUUAAUUUAUUAGAAUACAACAACUUUAGCUUUGGCAAUAAGGAAAGGAUGGAUUUCAAAAUACAGGUCGUCUAUGAAGCUGGACCCAAUUCACGCUUUAAAAAGAUCAUUGCACCAAAACUAAAUGUUGAAAAACUAGUGUAUAUUUCUGGAUUUUUUGAUUUAAAUGAAAAUGAGCUUCCAUUUGUUGAAGCGAAAAAAAUUGAUUUAUUAGAUGAUUACUCUAAUAAUUUGUCUCAAAACCAGUCAAAUAUUAAUGUCCAUUCAACUUUUUCACGUGCCAACAAGUUUAGAAGUAAUAAACAUAUAGUCCAGCCACUUGUUUAG